AUGUCACGAGAAGAGCUCUCAGCGGCUGCCGCGCCGGUGCUGUUCCGCGACCGAUACCCACUGCCCCUCAUCGCGGAGACCCUGCAGAAUCUGGCCAAGGCUAAGUGGUUCACCAAGUUGGACGUGGUGGCCGCUUUCCAUAAGAUCCGCAUGGCUCCGGGACAUGAGGGAAAGACUGCAUUUCGCACGAGGUUUGGGCUCUACGAGUGGCUCGUGUGCCCUUUCGGCCUGAGCGGCGCCCCGCGCGCCAUCCGCGAAUGGGAGGCCCUGACCACGGUGAAGGGUGUCAGAAGCUUUCUGGGCUUCGCCAACUAUUACCGGAUCUUCAUCCCCGACUAUGCCAAGAUCACGCAGUCUCUGGAUGCCCUGCUUAAGAAAGGAACUGCCUUUCAUUGGGGACGAGCGGAGAACGAGGCGUUUCAGGAGCUGAAGCGACGAUUUUGCGAGUCACCGGUGCUCAAGCAGUGGGACCCGAGCCUCCCGACCUUUUUGGAGACGGAUUGCUCAGGCUACGCAUUGGGAGGCGUCCUGUCGCAGGAAGGCCCAGAUGGACGUCGACACGCAUGCGCCUUCUUCUCGAAGCGACUUUCGCCAAAAGACAAGCCACAGGGCAUUGACGACGAGCGGGAACAAGGAAGAAUGAUACAGUUGAUACCGGAUAGUGCCAUUCCAUCAUCGACAAGAGCAUGUAUCAACGCGAUGAGUUCUGACUGUUCAGAGGCAUCCACCCUGCCGAAGAUGAAGGUCUUCGAGGUAGCGGACCUGCAGCAACUCUGGGACGAAACGGUGGCGAAGGACUCGAUAUUCCGGGCAGCCUAUAAGGCAGUCCGCGAUCGCGAGCGUGCCUUCCCGCCCUCGCUGGGCCUGAAGAUCCAGAUUUCAGAAUGUGCGAUCGACGCAGGCAAAAGGCUGACAUUCAGAGACCGUAUUUGGGUGCCGGGUGGAUCCGGAGAGGAGGGUAACCAGGAGGAAGCUGAGAAAGACCAGUUGAGAACCCGCAUUGUGCAGCAGUCGCAUGACUCUGUUGCGACCGGUCAUCCCGGCAGGAAGGUACGCUGGCUAUUGUGGCUCGGCGAUUCUACUGGCCUGGGCAGUCCCAGCUGGUUCGCCGGUACGUAG